GUCAUGUUCACGGGCGUCAUGUAAGCGCAGGGGUCGGCCAUCACACCGACCGAUUCACAACCCUCCUCCCAGUUUAUCAAUAAAAGACCAGCGAUUUCAGUGUUGCAGCCCAGACAAGCUCACAACAGGUUCCAGAGAUGGCAUCAGUGAAGCUGGAGGACUGCAGUAAAACACUGGAACUCAAUGUGAUUGUCAAAGAGGAGGAGGAGGAGCGAGAAAUCGAGGAGGAGGAGGAAGAGGAAGAUAAUGACAUUGACUCUGAUAUGGAAGAAGAGGAGGACCAGGGAGAAAGAGGUGUGGCCAACCCAGGGCUUGUUAUUGUUAAAAGAGAGGAUGAGGAGGAGAGGGACAGAGAGAAGGAUGAAGAGGAGGAGGAGGAAGGUGUGGAUAGGACCAAGCCAGGAGAGGGUGCCAGCUCUGACCCAGACAGCCUUGGGGACCCUGACCCGGAGAGACCGUACCUCUGCUCCCAGUGCGGCAAGCGGUUUACUGCAGCCAGCAGUUUGAAGAUACACACGAUGACCCACAGCGGAGAGAAACCCCACCAUUGUUCCGUUUGCGGGAAGGCCUUCUUGCGAUCCUAUGACCUGAGACGACACCAGGUGGUUCACAAAGGAGAGGUUGCCAGAUCUGACACAGACAUCUCUGAGAAGCACCACCGCUGCUCCGAGUGCGGAAAGAGGUUCCUCACAAAGACGCGGCUGAACAGACAUGCGCUGAUUCACAGCGGAGAGAAACCACAUCAGUGCUCUGUCUGCGGGAAGUGUUUCUUACGACCCGACGACCUGAGGAGACACAUGACCAUCCACACCGGAGAGAAAACCAAGCACGUCUGCCAUCCGUGUGGGAAGACCUUCACCUUGCUACGGCACCUCAAGAUCCACCAGCGAGUCCAUACGGGAGAGAAACCAUACCACUGCUCCAAGUGUGCGGAGAGUUUCGCCCACCUGUUGGAGUAUAGGAAGCACAGACAGACCCACCGUAUCGAGAAGCCAUACCACUGUGAUGACUGUGGCAAGAUGUUCUCCCACUUCAGAACCCUCAAGGUUCAUCGUCUGAUCCACACAGGAGAGAACCUCCACCACUGCUCCUACUGCGGGAAGGGCUUCACGAUCAGAGGGAACCUCAACACCCACCUACUGACCCACACCAAGGAGAAACCGCAUCAGUGCUCCAUCUGCGGACAACGCUUCGCCAGAUCCCAGUGCCUGAAAAAACACAAGCUCAAGAAGUUACACAUGGAAGAGGUCCUCUACCACAUCUGCGACUGCGGUAAGAGCUUCACGGAUGUAGAGAAGCUGCAGACGCAUGCAAGGACGCACUUGAAGAACCUUGAGAAGAGGUUCUGCUGCUCGUACUGCGGUCGGACGUUCGUACGGGCUGGUGACCUUCAAAGCCACCAGAGAACACACACUGGAGAGAAACCGUACGUCUGCACUAUAUGCGGGACCCGUUUCGCUCAGUCUGGGAACCUGAGAGUGCACCAGAUCACGCACACUAAAGAGAGGCCGUACUCUUGUACUGUCUGUGAUAAGGGGUUCACCACACCGGGGAGUCUGAAGGUGCACAUGAGGCUCCAUACAGGGGAGAAGCCGUAUGUCUGUAGCCUGUGUGGGAAAGGGUUCCAUGUACCCAAAUUGCUGAAGAAACACCAGGAGCAUCACACAAGCGAGAUGACAGCCUCCUUGGACAUGACAUAGGAAAAGCCUACAAUUUGUCUGGAGGACUUUUAUUUUGGAAAACACAUGUCGUCAAUGAGACCAGUGGCCAGUACUUUAGUCACUGAGGCCUAUCCUUUCUCAAUUCAUCUCUCCUCGAUUAUCUUGCAUCCUCAACUGUAUUGGAGGAGAAUAUCUAAAGUCCCUCCCCUCAGACCUUCUCCUCCAAUGAGUUUUGAGAAGAAGCUGAGGAGAGAGAAUGCAAAAACUCGAGGACUGAUGAAUUGAGAAAAAAUCCAGGUUUCUCUGCUGCUCUCAUUAACACUAGCAUCGCUGGGCCUCGGGCACGUACCAGUGGAAGGUCUACAUUUGAAACAGUCGAAAAAUCCAUUUAAGGACAUGGGUUUUCAAAAUAAAAGUAAUCUGAAAUUGCGCUCCACAUGUGCUUUUCAACGUCUCACUAGUCAUGACUGAAUUUGUAGUGCUUCAUUUAGUGAUACAGCCUUCAUAAAGCUUCUCUAGGUUAACGCCAUAUAUGAAGACAGUAAUGAUAUAUAUAAUGAUGUGUUACAUCGUGUUGCCCUCUUUAGGUAGCCUAGUGGUGAGAGCAUUGGGCCAGUAACUGAAAGGUUGCUAGAUCGAAUCCCUGAGCGGACAAGGUACAAAUCUGUCAUUCUGCCCCUGAGCAAGGCAGUUAACCCACGGUUCCCCUGAGCAAGGCAGUUAACCCACGGUUCCCCUGAGCAAGGCAGUUAACCCACGGUUCCCCUGAGCAAGGCAGUUAACCCACGGUUCCCCUGAGCAAGGCAGUUAAACCCACGGUUCCCCUGAGCAAGGCAGUUAACCCACUGUUCCCCUGAGCAAGGCAGUUAACCCACUGUUCCCUUGAGCAAGGCAGUUAACCCACUGUUCCCCUGAGCAAGGCAGUUAACCCACGGUUCCCCUGAGCAAGGCAGUUAACCCACUGUUCCCCUGAGCAAGGCAGUUAACCCACUGUUCCCCUGAGCAAGGCAGUUAACCCACUGUUCCCCUGAGCAAGGCAGUUAACCCACUGUUCCCCUGAGCAAGGCAGUUAACCCACUGUUCCCUUGAGCAAGGCAGUUAACCCACUAUUCCCCUGAGCAAGGCAGUUAACCCACUGUUCCCCUGAGAAAGGCAGUUAACCCACUGUUCCCCUGAGAAAGGCAGUUAACCCACUGUUCCCCUGAGAAAGGCAGUUAACCCACUGUUCCCCUGAGCAAGGCAGUUAACCCACUGUUCCCUGGGCGCCGUGGAUGUCGAUUAAGGCAGCUCCUCCACACCUCUCUGAUUCAGGGGUUGGGUUAAAUGCAGAAGACACAUUUCAGUUGAAGGCAUUCAGUUGUACAGCUGACUAGGUAUCCCCCCUUUCCAUUAUUGCCAUCGUGGUUAUUAUUUGACCCUGCUGGUCAUCUAUGAACGAUCUGGCCUUAAUGGUCACAUGGACUCUUAAAUCUCUAUCCGGCACAGCCAGAAGAGGUCUGGUCACGCCUCGGCGCCUGGUUCCUCUCUACCCAACACAGCCAGAAGAGGUCUGGUCACGCCUCGGCGCCUGGUUCCUCUCUACCCAACACAGCCAGAAGAGGUCUGGUCACGCCUCGGCGCCUGGUUCCUCUCUACCCAACACAGCCAGAAGAGGUCAGGUCACCCAUCAGAGCCCUGCUUCCUCUCUACCCAACACAGCCAGAAGAGGUCUGGUCACCCAUCAGAGCCCUGCUUCCUCUCUACCCAACACAGCCAGAAGAGGUCUGGUCACGCCUCGGCGCCUGGUUCCUCUCUACCCAACACAGCCAGAAGAGGUCUGGUCACCCAUCAUAGCCCUGCUUCCUCUCUACCCGACACAGCCAGAAGAGGUCUGGUCACGCCUCGGCGCCUGGUUCCUCUCUACCCAACACAGCCAGAAGAGGUCAGGUCACGCCUCGGCGCCUGGUUCCUCUCUACCCAACACAGCCAGAAGAGGUCAGGUCAUGCCUCGGCGCCUGGUUCCUCUCUACCCAACACAGCCAGAAGAGGUCAGGUCACGCCUCGGCGCCUGGUUCCUCUCUACCCGACACAGCCAGAAGAGGUCAGGUCACGCCUCGGCGCCUGGUUCCUCUCUACCCAACACAGCCAGAAGAGGUCAGGUCACGCCUCGGCGGCUGGUUCCUCUCUACCCGACACAGCCAGAAGAGGUCUGGUCACGCCUCGGCGCCUGGUUCCUCUCUACCCGACACAGCCAGAAGAGGUCAGGUCACGCCUCAGAGCCCUGGUUCCUCUCUACCCGACACAGCCAGAAGAGGUCAGGUCACGCCUCGGCGCCUGGUUCCUCUCUACCCGACACAGCCAGAAGAGGUCUGGUCACGCCUCAGCGCCUGGUUCCUCUCUACCCGACACAGCCAGAAGAGGUCUGGUCACGCCUCGGCGCCUGGUUCCUCUCUACCCGACACAGCCAGAAGAGGACCAAUCAGAGCCUGCUUCCUCUCUAGGUUUCUGCCUUUCUAGGGAGCUUUUCCUACUCCCUUUGAUUCUGCCUCUGCAUUGCUUGUUCUUUGUGGUUUUAGGCAGGGUAUCUGCAGGGCACUUUGUGGUUUUAGGCAGGGUAUCUGCAGGGCACUUUGUGGUUUUAGGCAGGGUAUCUGCAGGGCACUUUGUGGUUUUAGGCAGGGUUUAUUCCAACUGAAAUAGUCAAAAUACUUUACUCAACAUUGGGUGCUGGAGCUUUUUGAUGUUGACCACAUGCCCCCAAAGGGUCAGAGUUCAGCCCUGGACAAGAGCACUUUGUGGCACCUGCUGAUGUGAAAAAGGGCUUAAUAACAUACACAUGAUUUGAUGUGACACAAUGUGACCUUGUCAGUAAAUGUUAUGACAAUAAACGCCAACUGCGUGA